GCGCUCUGCGAAAUUUCCAACGCCUUCCAAGGUUCGAUGACCGUGCUGCUCGAAAUUUUUUGCCCAGUACAAAAGACCUUGCCUUGCCUUGCCGUCUUUUUUCCCUCCUCCCUGUUCCCCAUCACCAAUCCAUACCCUCCCCCGCCGUCUAGUUUUUGCUUUCUGUUUCCUUCCCAUCCUGUUCUCACAGGUUGUUUUGAAUUGGAUUCCUCAAGAUGAUGUCCACUCGUCUUUCCCGCGCUCUUCCCAGAGCUUCCACAGUAGCUGCCCGUGCGGGUAUGCUCAGGAGGACACCCGCCUUUGCCCAGAGGCGGUACGAGUCCACAGAGGAGAAGGUCAAGGGUGCCGUCAUCGGUAUCGAUCUUGGCACAACAAACUCUGCUGUCGCCAUCAUGGAGGGCAAGACCCCCAAGAUCAUUGAGAACUCAGAAGGUGCCCGCACCACCCCAUCAGUCGUUGCCUUCGCCGAGGAUGGCGAGCGCCUCGUUGGUGUGGCGGCCAAGCGCCAGGCCGUUGUGAACCCAGAGAACACCCUCUUCGCCACCAAGCGGUUAAUUGGUCGCAAGUUCACCGACGCCGAGGUUCAGAGAGAUAUCAAGGAGGUCCCAUACAAGAUCGUCCAGCACACCAACGGUGACGCCUGGGUUGAGGCUCGUGGCCAGAAGUACUCGCCAUCUCAGAUUGGUGGCUUUGUCCUCAACAAGAUGAAGGAGACCGCCGAGGCCUACCUCAGCAAGCCCGUCAAGAACGCCGUUGUUACCGUCCCCGCCUACUUCAACGACUCCCAGCGUCAGGCCACCAAGGAUGCUGGUCAGAUUGCCGGCCUCAACGUUCUCCGUGUCGUCAAUGAGCCCACUGCCGCUGCUCUCGCCUACGGUCUUGAGAAGGAGGCUGACCGCGUUGUCGCUGUCUACGAUCUUGGCGGUGGUACUUUCGAUAUCUCCGUUCUCGAGAUCCAGAACGGUGUCUUCGAGGUCAAGUCCACCAACGGUGACACCCAUCUUGGUGGUGAGGAUUUUGAUAUCUCUCUCGUCCGCCACAUCGUUCAGCAGUUCAAGAAGGACUCCAACAUUGAUCUCACCGGUGACCGCAUGGCCAUCCAGAGAAUCCGCGAGGCCGCUGAGAAGGCCAAGAUCGAGCUUUCUUCUUCCCUCCAGACCGACAUCAACCUUCCCUUCAUCACUGCUGAUGCCUCCGGUCCCAAGCACAUCAACAUCAAGCUUUCCCGUGCUCAGCUCGAGUCCAUGAUGGAUCCCCUUAUCAAGCGCACCGUUGAGCCCGUCCGCAAGGCUCUUAAGGAUGCCAACCUCCAGGCCAAGGACAUCCAGGAGGUUAUCCUCGUCGGUGGUAUGACCCGCAUGCCCAAGGUUGCCGAGUCCGUCAAGAGCAUCUUCGGCCGUGACCCUGCCAAGUCCGUCAACCCCGAUGAGGCUGUCGCCAUUGGUGCCGCCGUCCAGGGUGCUGUUCUCUCCGGUGAGGUCAAGGACCUCCUCCUUCUCGAUGUCACUCCCCUCUCCCUCGGUAUCGAGACCCUCGGCGGUGUCUUCACCCGUUUGAUCAACCGCAACACCACCAUCCCCACCAAGAAGUCUCAGGUCUUCUCCACUGCCGCUGAUUUCCAGACUGCCGUCGAGAUCAAGGUCUACCAGGGUGAGCGUGAGCUUGUCCGUGACAACAAGCUCCUCGGCAACUUCCAGCUUGUCGGCAUCCCCCCUGCCCACCGUGGUGUCCCCCAGAUCGAGGUUACCUUCGACAUUGACGCCGAUUCCAUCGUCCACGUCCACGCCAAGGACAAGUCCACCAACAAGGACCAGUCCAUCACCAUUGCCUCCGGCUCUGGUCUCUCCGACUCUGAGAUUCAGCAGAUGGUUGAGGAGUCUGAGAAGUAUGCUGAGCAGGACAAGGAGCGCAAGGCCGUCAUUGAGACUGCCAACCGUGCCGACUCCGUCCUCACUGAUACCGAGAAGGCUCUCAACGAGUAUGCCGACAAGCUCGACAAGACUGAGGCCGACCAGAUUCGUGAGAAGAUCACCUCUCUCCGUGAGUUCGUCACCAAGUCUCAGUCUGGUGAGAGCACCGCCACCGCCGCCGAGAUCAAGGAGAAGACCGAUGAGCUCCAGAUGGCUUCCCUUAACCUCUUUGACAAGAUGCACAAGGCCCGCAACGAGGCUGGCGAGUCCACCUCCAGCACCGAGGGCGAGAAGAAGGAUGAGCCCAAGGCCUAAGCGUCUUCUGUCUCUUAAUCACUAUACCCCACAUAUUUUCCUUUCACAUGUCUGAUUAGGUUGGAGAGGCUACUCCAGUGUAUUCUUGUACUCAUAUAUCUCGGUUUUUCGGAGGCUCGCGAGGCUUAUCCGGUGUGUUUAUUCAUGCAGACGGCGGAUGGCGUUUUGAGCAUCUAAAAACUUUGGCCUGCU